UCAAGCUUUUUCAGACUGGGAUUUAUGGACUUUGGUUUGGUUUUCCGACCCAACAGAUCCGUUGGUGCAGGGUACCUAGAAAAAGUGAAGAAAUAAAUUUAGUUAACUUUUCAACAUCUGUGAGGUUCUAAAGUGAACCUUUUAUUAGCCUGCACGAGAUGCAUAAAGCUACAGCUGUUAUGGUAGUCAUGUUAUCCAACCACUUAUAUAAAACUUUCUUCUUCUUCCAUUUACUAAAAGUUUCAGCCAUGGCUUCAGAACUAAAAGUUCCCAGAAAACUGAACCUCGAUGCACCGUUGUUGUCCACCAGACGAACCAACGGUGCAACUGGUCAUGCAAACGCACGAGCUGCUUCCUGGGACUCGCGUAACAGGGUGCCGUUUUCAUGGGAACUAAGUGCCGGUAAGCCAAAGGAUGCCGCAAAAGUCCCUGAUGAUUUUCUGGUCCCACCUCCACGACCACCACCAGGCCGGAAACUUGCGGAAAACGAAUACGAUGGUGAUGACGACUUCUCGGACGCCAUGGACACGUUCUCGUUGUCGGCUGCCAUCGACAUGGUGGAGUCGGCGGAGAUGGCGAAACGGAAUGGUAGUUUGUUGGACGGUGUAAAUUUGGAGCAGGGCGGGAAUCAGUCUCCUAGUUUUAUCAUUCAACGGUUUCUUUCAGAUGCCAAAGCUCUUGCGAUAUCGUCCGGUCUUCCGAUUCCAAACAAUCUUAGUAAUCAACCGGAGAAAUAUAAGCCUCAAAUGAUCGACACUUCGCCUAAAGGGUGCGGGCUCGGGAUCGAUUCGUUAUUCCCAUGGCGUACGAAGCACAAACCACCCUGUGGUGUCAAAAGUCCUGUUAGAGUAUCAUCUGCAAGCGUUAAAUCGCAAUGGGGAUUUAAACACAAGCAGAAAUAGAAGUACAACUCUUCUUUGGUUCAUACUUUUGGUGUAAACGGUUUUCGUAUCAUUUUCUUCUAAAACCGGAAACCUCAUCUACUGGUGAGUAAAUCGAAAAAUGAAAGUCUCAUCUUAGAGCUACUGGGGACUUUCCUUGUGUUAUCUUCAGUCAGGGUCUAUAGGGAUUAGUCGAGGUGUGCACAAACAAACUAACCCAGACACCCACGAAAUCGAUAGAUGGGAACUGUUUGUUUCCGACUCAUAAGUAUGUGAUUCGAACUCCGAGUACUUUUACGGGAUGUAAUCUUGUGGAUGAUUGUAUGUAAAGAGUUUUGUUCAUUGGAUGUCUCCAAUAUGAGGUAUUUUGGUGUUUUAGAUGCAUAUUUAUUGGUCCCAAAUGUAUAAACAUAUCUACUAUAUUUAAGUAAGCUUUGAGGAUAAGAUAUAUAUAGAUAUUUAUUGUUGUAGACAUAAGAUAUCAGAUCUGAUAAACUCAGUGGUCACAAUUGUUAUGGACGCCUGGAAUUGAACCUUUGAAAAGAUGAAAUAUUCCACAACAUCUCCUUGUGCCUCAACCAA